AUGAGAGGUAUCAUUUUAUUGAGUUUUGUUCUCACAUCAUGUUUAGCGGCAGACGCUGUCCCCGCUGCCGCUGAUGCUGCUGCUGUGACAACCACCACUCCAGCAGGUGCUGCUGCUGCUGCUGCAACUACUGCCACCACAGCUAAAGCCAAUACCGCUGCCACUACAAAUACUGCUGCCGCUGCUGCUGCUGCUGCUGACACUUUGACUACUAAAGGAACUACUACAGGUACAGCAAAGACAACUGGAGUUACUACAGGUACAGCUAAAACUACUGCGACAACUGCCGUCACUUCAGAUACUGCUGUGGCAGCAAAUCCUGCUACUAUGAACCCCUCCGAGUUGUCAAUAUAUUCAUUGACAGUUACUAUGAACCAGGCACAAUUACAAAACUUUUUGGCCACCCACUCAAGUGGUGCUGCUACUGCAGGUGCUACUGGAACAUCUGUCGCAUCUGGUGCAUCUGGUGCAAGCUUGGAAGAUUCCACUACUACUACUGCUGCUGCUGCUGCCGGGGGUAAUGGUGCUGCUACUAUCGAUGAUACCACUAAAGGUCUUACAUUUGUCACCUCUAGAACUUUGAAACCAAGUAGUAGUGCAACCUCGCAAGGUUCCGCUCAAGCACUGGGUUCUGGUUCUAAUGCUAGUCAAGCUAAUGCCGCAGGUGUAUAUUCAACUAACUCUGUUCUUGUAUUCGUUUCUAUUUGCAUAGGUUUUAUUGGCGGUUCUUUGGGUAUAUAA